AUGGAUCCCAAAGACGAAGGUGAUCGUACAACAAGUCAAAAGGAAAUACUUCGCCAAAAGAUUUUAACCAAACGAAAAGAUCUUGGUGAGGAAGAUACUCGUCCAGUCAAACAAAUAAAACAUGUGCUCACUCCAGAAGAAAUUGAAAAGAGAGAGAAAAGAAAAGCGCAGAACAGGAAAGCAGCAACUAAAUUCAGAAAUAAAAAGAAGAAUAUUUUGGACGCUAAUCAACAGGAACGUUUGGACCUUAUCAGAGCAAAUGCAGAGUUACAAUGUCAAAUAGGAGAGCUUUCAACAGAAGUGGACAAACUGAAAGAAAUGAUGGAUAAACAUCUUGAGUCGGGAUGUUCCUUGAUAUCUAUUCACAUCCAAGACCACCAAGAAUCGAAUCCGAUCGCCACAUCAACGAUGGUUUUUACAGAUAUAUCAGAUCCAACAGAAUUAUAUUUGAAUCUAGAAAAAUCCGACCCCAGUCCAGCCAGACCAGUUUUGAAUACAGACACUACCGGUUUGAUUUCAGAAACGACCGGUUUGAUUCCAGAAACGACCGGUUUGAUUCCAGAAACGACCGGUUUGAUUCCAGAAACGACCGGUUUGAUUCCAGAAACAUUGGGAAUAAAUCCAGAAACAACACUAUCCCAAACUCUUAUUGAUGAAAUCGGCUAUCUACUUUCAGAUUUCAAUCCAAAUGAUCUAGAUAUGUCGACCUACAACAUGAACACUCAACCUCAAAAAGUCAAUGACUUUAAAAUGCCAAUCGCUAGUCUACACCAUGACCUGUUUCAGCAUUCAGUUAACUGCAGUCCAGACAACGAGUUCGACAUGUCCAUCACAACUCAGAGUGAUCAACUCUCUAUGUUCCAGAAUGCUCAGUCGCAUGUUUCACCAGUCAGUGAAGAAUUUGAAGAUCAUUUGGAUCCUUGGUUGCCUAAUGAUGAAUCUUUGGAGCAACCCUCUUUUACAAAUUUAUAACGCAAUUAAUAUUAUUUUGGUCAAAUAACUCAAAUUCCGUUGAUCAAAAAUCUAAACUAAGAUCUCAUUAUUAUAAAUGAUCAUGCCAAAUUUCAUUUGAAUCGGAUGAAAACUGUAGUCUUUGUUGUGUUCAAAACACGCGUUUUUCAUAAGUCAAGGGCAAUAACUCAAAAAACGUUCAUCGAAAGAUCGUCAAAUUCGAACUUGUCCAAGAUCUCAUUGAUAAAUGAUCACACCAAAUUUCAUUCAAAUUAGUAAAAAAAAACUGUUGUCUCUAUUGCGUUCACAAGUCAAUUCUGGACGGACGGACGGACGGACGGACAAGGGCGACGACAAUAUACGACCACAUUAUAAUGUUGGCGUAUAAAACGUACUGUCUACAAAAUGAAGGAAACUAUAUGAUAUGUCCAAAUGUCAAAAUAUUGGAUUCAUUCGUUAUUGUCCUUGGUUUUCGAAAUUACGAUAACUCGCAUUGUUUUUAUUUUUCAUGUUAUUUAGUGGAAUUGUUGAUAUGUAUCAGUUGAGGAUGAGCCCUAUCAAAAUUUAAAAUAAUGAUAGGUGGCGUCAUUUAUUUAUUCAAAACACAACAAUAUGUAGCCCCUAGAAUUUACACACAGCUGCCAGUGGGCGUAUGACACUUUGUCUGUCAAGCUAUCUCUUAUGAAUCAAAAAUCUCUCAGGAGAAAGAAUCUGACUGAAAGUGUAAUGGAGAUCAAACUUUCUAGUGGUUCCAGUGCAAAAUCAAAUUUUAUCCAAAUUGAUAUUUAUUUUCGAGAUUAUAAUAAUUAUGUUGAUAUUAUUUUUUGUUUUUAUGUAUAUUUUCAUUGAUCUUUUCAUCUCUUAUGUGUAUCGGGGACACUGGUAGCAUCAAUUUUCACUAUUCCAUUUUUCAAUCAGACGUCUGUGGUUCCUACAAUUCCACUUAAACAAAGUGUUUGAUGACGACACUAAUCGCUAAAUAUGCUUUAUCACGUAAGGCCUUUCGCGAUUAGUGACGUCACCAAACAGUUAUUUUUUUUUUCCUGAUUGUAAAAUUGGAACGGUACAAAUUGAAAACUUAUGGUAGCGGUGUCCAAGAUACACCCAAACAAGUUAAAGAAACUCUCUACUAUUCCUUGAAGUUAUGUUUGCAAUACAUGUAUAUUCAUAUGUUUUACACUGUUCUUUGUGGUGUCGUUAAGUUAAUCCAUCAACUGUAAACAUUAAUAACACCUCUAUUGAGCUUUUAUCAUCUUUCUGUCUGAUGCGCAAUUUUCAGCUUUAAUGCUUCUUCAAUAAUAUUUUGUGUAUUGUAUGAUAUUAUCUUGAAUUGAAUGAAGUAUAUUUUGUAAAACGAAUGUGAUGUUUUACGUAUGAACACAAUACAAUUUAUUUUGAGAAAAA